AUGGCAAAGAAAAGAAAGGCUGGUGGUCGCAAUGCUGGCCCAAAAGGCCCAAGGGAACUUGAUCUGGGUGACGCUAGACUUGGUCCCAUCACCACUUACCAAGAUGUCGCCGAUUCGGAAGACGAAUACUUUAUCAGCCAAGACACAAUAAUGCUGGACGAGGAGCCGAACUCGAAACGCAGGAGACAAGAGGACGAAGACAUGGACUUUUCAGACGAAGAGAUACUUGGCUAUGAGGAUUCCGACUCUGAUGAUCAUGGGGACGAGACCGAUACAAAGCUCCUCACAAAGUCAAGGAAGGCUGCGAAGAAUCGGAAAGUUUCCGAAAGCGGCAGUGAAGAAGAAGGAGAAGAAGGAGAAGGAGAAGGAGAAGAAGGGGACUCUGGCUGGUGGGGAUCUUCGAGACAGGAGUACUACGACGCUGACAAUAUUGAAACCGAGGCCGAUGCGCUGCAAGAAGAAGCCGAGGCCAGGCGACUGCAGCAGAAGAAACUCUCGAAAAUGAGGGAGGAGGAUUUCGUCUUCGACGGCGACGAGUGGUUAGCUGGAGAGCCCGAACCCGAGGAAAGUGGAGGACCGGUUGUUGAGGUUCUCAAGGACAUCGAAGUCACCCCUGAAAUGAGCAUAGAAGAGCGACUGCGGCUCAUGUCAGCAAGAUAUCCUGAAUUCGAGCAUUUGGCAAGCGAACUCGAGGAGAUGCACCCCGUGUAUCUCGGGCUCAAGGAGGAUGCAGCCAAUCAACCAGACACGUCAGUCGAGACCAUCAAAUACUGGGUGCUGGGCUGCUAUGUUGCCACUCUGGCCAGCUAUUUUGCCAUUCUAACAUCACCUGCGCGAGACGCCGGGAAAGUACAAAAGCCCCUGUCGGCAACCGACCUACGGGAUCACGAAGUCAUGGAGACUUUACUCAGUUGCCGCGUGGCUUGGGAUCGAGUAAAGAACCUGACGGCGGCGAGCAAUCCUGAUGAGACGUCCAUGUCGCUGGCCGCGGAUUGCAAUGGGCAAUAUGCAUUGAACGAUGCCAUGACGGCACUCGACACUCCAAAGGCGAAGAAGAAGCCCGCAAAGAAGGACAAGGCUGCAGCCGCCAAGGAGGCGAAGAAGCUCGAAAGGGCCAGGGCCAUUGAAGGCAGCGUUUCUGAUCUUUACAACUUGCCGCUGACUUUUGGAAAGUUGAAACCAAAGUCGAAGCUUCCUGCUGCGGCGAAAGAUGACGAUGUCUCUGACUUUGGUGAGGAGGACAGCCUGGACGCACGAACUGCCGCAGACAAAGCCGCCCGGAAGAAGAGUCUCAAAUUCUACACGUCAAAAAUCACACAAAAGGCCAAUAAGCGUGCCGGUGCCGGACGCGAUGCCGGAGGAGACAUGGACAUCCCGCAUCGCGAACGACUUCGAGACAGACAAGCCCGUCUCCUUGCAGAAGCAGAGAAGCGAGGCAAGCGAGAUUCCAAGCACGGUGCCGAUCUUGGCGAUGACAGCAACGAUGACGACGACGCUGCCGCAGACUCUCUUCGACAUGGCGAGGACGAGUACUACGACAUGGUGGCUCAAAAGUCAAAGGGUAAGCGAGACGACAAGGCCGCUCGUUAUGCUGCCUAUGCUGCAGCAAGCAAGGCAGAUAGGGUGGUAGAAAAUGAAGAGGUGGGAGAGGAUGGCAAGAGGAAGAUCACAUAUGCCAUUGAAAAGAACAAAGGCCUGGCGCCCAAACGAAACAAGGAUGUCCGAAACCCAAGAGUGAAGAGGAGAAAGCAGUACGAGGCCAAGUUGAAGAAGUUGAAGAGCAUCAAGCCUGUCUGGAAAGGGGGCGAGCCCAAGGGCGGCUACCAGGGAGAAACCUCUGGUGUUAAUGUCGGUGUCGUGAAGAGCAUCAAGUUGUAG